GCCCGUCUGGCCACUCAAUCUCAAGCCCCUUUGUAUCCCUCUUCCUCUGGCCACUCAAUCACAUCUACAAAAAUCAGCAGAGGCAGAGUGUUGGGCAUUUUGAUUGUCAGAUGAUGGCCAGUAGAAGUAGAGCAGCGAUGGCUCUUCUCCUACUGCUGCUGCUGUUUCUCUUCUCUUGCAUAGCUAUCUCAGACGCCAACGCCACUUCCUCAGCUGCGUUGUCCUCUGUCUCGUCGGGCCACAUUAAUGCUGGAAGGCGUAGAACGGUGGUAGCUGAAAGGAAGCUAAGGCCAAGCGGCGGCGGCGGCAGCGGCGGCGGCAGAGGCGGCGGCGGCAGCGGUCGGAGUAUUCCUGCUGGACGAUCGUCUCCGGCAAGAGGCCAAGGUGGGAGUUUGGGACAAUCAUCUGCGAGGGCCGGUAGUGCUGCUGCAGCGCGACAUGAUCGUCAUGUUAAUGCAGGCUGUGCCAACCAUUUCCAUCGACGACAUUUUGCAAUUACUUUUCUCUUGCCGCUGCUGCUAUGGUGAACUACUCUAUGUAACAAGUUUGAGAUUAUUCAGCAGGGAGACGAAGCGUGAAGCGAUUGGGUGGUAUUGUGAUGGUUUGUGAGAAUUAAUAGGCAAGUCUAGUGUUUGUUUAUACCGCUGAGUGACUUGUUUAAUUUCCAAAAAUGUGCAAAGCGUGUUUAUAGAUUGUCUUCUAUUGUCGAGCAAAUUCUUGAAAUAUACAUAUUAUUGAAAAUUGGAGAA